AGGAUGUAACCCGGAAGCUAUACCGCACAAGUGGAGGAGCUAGUGUCGCAGUUCUGUGGUCGCUAAUGCCGAUAGUUGUUUAUCUUGGACACGGGUGGGUCCUAUGAUCCCACCGUCGUCCCAUCGUCCAGAAUUUAAUCUUCAAUACAACGUAGCGGUGGCUAUUUGGCUCGCUUGCUAAUUAGUUAGCUCGUCAUGUCUCAAGACGGAUUUCCUCCUGCUGCAGCAAGAACUCCUGUUAGCAGUAAUGCCUGCUUGGGCUUGAAAGAACCGCCUUCUCCUUGCCCUGCAAAAACUCCCAUUCAAAUUCUUCACGAAUAUGGCACAAAGAUGGGAAACUUACCCGUGUAUAUCAUGGAAAAGGCUGAAGGAGUAGUCCACAACCCUAGUUUCGUUUUCAGCGUCAAAAUAGGAGAUGUUACCUGCACAGGUCAGGGGCCAAGUAAAAAAGCGGCAAAGCAUCAGGCCGCUGAAGCCGCCCUGAACAUUUUAAAAAUUGAGCCUGGACCGAACCCCAUCCCAAAGAAUGAGGAUAAUGGUGUUGCAGUGGAGUCACACAAUCAACAUAAUCCUAUAGGUGUUCUACAGGAACUGGCACUGCAGCGGGGGUGGCGUCUCCCUGAAUACUCGGUCUGCAUGGAAGCAGGCCCACCUCACAAGAGAGAGUUCACCAUCACCUGCCGAAUGGAGGCUUUGUCAGAAACUGGAACAGGAAAUUCCAAGAAGUCUGCCAAGCGGGACGCUGCAGAGAAAAUGGCAGCAAAGAUCCAAGCGCUGUCUGGCUGUCCCGAUAUGCCGUGGACACCGAGGCCUACUGUGAGGCUGGAAUGUUUGCAAACAUCUUCAGGAGAGAACAUUUCAAUGCUGAGAAGGAAUCCCCUCAGCAUUCCAAACACAGACUAUGUGCAGAUGAUUCUGGAGCUAUCCAAGGAGCAGGGCUUUGAAGUCACUUACUUCGACAUUGAUGAGCUGACGGUGAACGGGCAGUACCAGUGCCUGGCAGAACUGUCCACCAUACCGGUCACCGUGUGCCACGGCACUGGCAUCUCCUGCGGCAACGCGCACAACGACGCGGCGCACAGCGCUCUCCAGUACAUCAAGAUCAUGGCGUCCAUCAAGUGAACCCGCGGGAGAACCGCGCGCUUCACGCAGCGCUCAUCCACGUGUUCGCCGACUCGCAGACAGGAUCGAGGAAAUCCUGCUGAGACAAAAAGGAAAAAAUAAGGUAUAGUUUCAACAGGGUCAGUUUUCUGGAAAAAAGUUGACUGAAUAGUGAUUAAGUGUACUAUUUCUUAAAUUAUGCUUAUUACAGUAAGUUAUUGGACAAUGUCAGUAAGGAGAUGAAAAUGAACCCAGAGUAACAUAGAGGGAAAUUUCUAAUUCUCUCCUGGUUUUACCUUUUUCAGUGACAUGCCCUUUUAUUGUGCUAGUGUGGUGUGUUCUUAGCCAUUGUUUUCACAUCCAGUGUACAGUAACUAGCCUUCACUGUCACAUACCAGAAUUCUUUCAGUAUUUUUUCACGUUGCAGUUUGGAAAAUUUUAAUAGGCCAGCAUAUUAUGGUUGAGAUGUAAUUUUAUUAUGAAAUUUUGUUUUCUGGUUGUUAGAGGAUUACUGAUCAGCUAUACAUGAAGAGGGCAGGUUGAUGCAUUGCUUUUCAAAAAAUGAAAACAUUACAUGCCUUGGCCAUGAGGAGACAAAUAAUUAAUAAAAAAAAGACAGGAAUAAAUGUCAUAGUUCAUAAGCCGAACCAAAUUUGUGGUUCCAUCUUCCAUUUCACAAGUACUGGGGAAUGGCAUAUGCAGAAGAGUUUAAGUUUUAGAAGUGCUGGAAUUCUGGGUUUUGCUCAGACUUUACAUACUUGGAGCAGUAGGAAUAUCUGCUUUAUCUGUAGAAAUGAGUGAUGAUUUUUUUCAUUUCCAAAUCUUGUGUGGCAUUAUGUCAAUGUCAGUUGCGCUUAUCAAAAUGUAUGUAAUAUCAAACCGUUCUUAGAGUAAUCUGCACCAUAUUAAAUAAAGAGAAAUUGUAUAAUUAUAUAUAAUUGAUUCACUGCACUGCGGAGUGCUGCAAUGCUUCACUUUUACCUUGUUUUUAACUUAUAAAAACCUAUUUGUCAUGACAGAUAAAUAGGAAGAUGCAAUAAAAUAUGAAAAUUACUUUGAAGUAUGUCAACCCCUUCUAAAGGAAUUAGUACUUUUAAUGAAUAUUGUUCUCAUAAACCAGAGAUGGGCAACGAAGGGCCGUAUAUUGUGUCUGGUUGUCCUGCCAACUUCUGGCCUUUAUUACUUAAUGAGACCUAACUUUUACACCAUCUGACAUUUUAGCUAUAUUUCUUGAUAAGCGCAUGAAUGACAAACACUUGUUCUUGUGUUCCUAUAUGAAAUGUUUUACUGUGAAUUAGGUAUAUACGACCAAUGAGCUCAUUAAGCCUGGUUCAUUGGUGGGAACAAAAACCUGCAUACACACCUGCCCUCCAGGUCCAGAAUUACCCACCCCUGACAUAAGCCGCGUUUCCACCGUAGGAACUUUACCCCGGAACUAGGAACUCAGUGCGUUUCCACCGCAGGAACUAGGGUCUAAAUUUAGUUCCGGGGGCUUUAUUUUACCCCCCAAAAGGUUCCUGCUUGGGGGGUAGUACUUUCCGAAAGUACAGGAACCUUUUGGGUGGAGCUUGCAGCGCUGAACAUUUCUGAUUGGUCGAGUACUCGCAGCAUUUUUUUGUGUUUGUUUUCAGGCGCCAUGUUUAAAAAUAUGCAGCCGCAAACCAAUUAAUUUUCAUAAUAACUUCAAAUCAAACUUGUUAUUCGGCGCAGUAGCCUAGUUUUGGUUAUAGCCUGCCAACGUCUUGGAAUUAUAACGUGUGCUCUUCUGUUCUUUUCUUGCUUUAGUAUUCGUUUUAUUAAUUUUUUUUAUAAAAAGCAUCCGUGCUGGGACAGCAUAUUACAUACCAAAACAUUCAAACGGAUUAAUUCGGUUGCUGAAUAUUUUCUUCCGGAUUUUCUUUGUUAGCCCGUUGUAAUUGACUCCAAACGUUUGAUACAGGUAGUUCUGCGUAAUUCACAUUGGUGAUACAGUAAAAGCAAACUGGAAAUCACCUUCCGCACUUUUUGUCAGGGUAAAAUAACAGGUUAAUUCUAGUAAUCGUCCCGUUAGCUUUUUCAGACUGCCGUAAUUUCACUCUGCCAUUCUUCAAUUCCACAAAAAGACCAGGAAGACUAUGGACUAAUUUAUGGUGCAUGGUUCGCAUCUGGAAGGCACACUUCGCUGCUCGGCUAGCAGUAACUUCGAAGGAAAGCAAACGGUGGCUGUACCACUACUAAUUUAAAUUUUCACGAAAGUCCGAGUUUUCGUUCUAUUCUUGUCAUUUUGCGAUUUGCAAUAUGGAAUUGACGAUGAGAAAGUAAUCAAACAGCAAAUUGUUUACGUGUGCAUGUUUUCUGCUGUUGUUGCCAGUUAUACUUAUAAAUGUGAAUGCAUUCGGUCGCUUCGGAUGUCAAGACAUGAAAGCGAAUGUUCGCAUAAAAACAUAAUGAAUGUGUUUGAGAGGAUAUAUAAAACAGUUACAAUCUGACUAUUGGCCUGUUAUAUCCUAUUUGUUGCAUAACAACGGUCCAAGUUCAACUACCAACGACAGGUUUGCUUGACAACGGUAAAAUAAGCCCAAACGGCUGCAGAAGAAUAUUUCAAUUCCAGGUGAUUAAAUCGAUUUAAAAAAAAAUACAAAAGUAACCAUAUAUAAUCAAUGUUGGUAACCCGUUGUAUAUAAGUGGAAUAAACCCCUCUGGGCUGUCCCGGUUAUUACAAAAAAAAAAUGUAGGCUACUUCGGUGGUAGUAUGGGGUUACAGAAGAAAUCAUAGGACAGAUGGACCGACGACAACGUCGUUUUUUCAUACGUCAGUGGGCUAAUUUGCCUAAUCUUCGCGGGACUUUAGACCACGGUGGAAACGCAGACAACCAUGGGCUGAAGGAACCUUUUAGUUCCUUGAAAAGUAGUUCCUGGGUCUAAAAGUUCCGGGUAAUUUUGGUGGAAACGCGGCUAUAGACUGUUUGAAAAUGAGCCCUGAUGCAUAUGUCGGGGUGAUGGGGCGAAUAACUUAAGUGAAUGCCCUAGUCCGUGUAAAAUUGGCAUGAGUGUUUGCAGGCAGCAUAUCCUGCUGAUUUGUUUCAUAAUGUAACCCAUGAAAGCAUUUGUGUUCUGUUUUUGUUCUGUUAUAAGCACUGCUCUCCUUUUACAUAAAGAUGCAUAAAACAUUUAUAAAUGCAACAUUAAAUCUUACAACCCUAA